CCGGAUGUGAGCAGAAAGGUUCCGGAAGCGGCCGGCAGAAAGGGCUCGUGGACUAGACGGCAGCAUGCGGCAGUCCGGGCGGUCCCGGUACCAGAAGCGGGCGCGCGCCCAGGCUCAACAGCGCAACCUCGAGGCCUAUGCCGCGCAGCCUCAUUCGUUCGUGUUCGCCCGCGGCCGUGCGGGUCGCGGCGUGCGGCAGCUCAGCCUGGACCUACGGCGGGUCAUGGAGCCGCUCACCGCCACUCGCCUGCAGAUACGAAAGAAAAAUUCUCUGAAGGAUUGUGUGGCAGUGGCUGGGCCUCUUGGGGUCACUCAUUUCCUGAUACUGAGCAAAACAGAGACUAAUAUCUACUUUAAGCUGAUGCGCCUCCCAGGAGGCCCCACUUUGACCUUCCGGAUCAAUAAGUACACACUGGUUCGUGACGUGGUCUCUUCUCUGCGCCGCCACCGCAUGCACGAGCAGCAGUUCACUCACCCUCCCCUCCUGGUGCUCAACAGCUUCGGCCCCCAUGGCAUGCACGUGAAGCUUAUGGCCACUAUGUUCCAGAACCUGUUUCCCUCCAUCAACGUACACCAGGUGAAUCUGAAUACCAUCAAGCGCUGUCUUCUCAUCAGCUACAACCCUGACUCCCAGGAUCUGGAUUUCCGCCACUAUAGCAUCAAAGUUGUGCCUGUGGGUGCAAGUCGUGGUAUGAAGAAACUUCUCCAAGAGAAGUUCCCCAACAUGAGCCGCCUGCAGGACAUCAGCGAGCUGCUGGCCACGGGCGCAGGGCUGUCCGAGAGUGAGGCAGAGCCCGACGGCGAACACAACAUCACAGAGCUGCCCCAGGCUGUCGCAGGGCGCGGCAACAUGCGGGCCCAGCAGAGUGCUGUGAGGCUUACCGAGAUUGGGCCUCGGAUGACGCUGCAGCUUAUCAAGAUCCAGGAGGGCGUCGGGGAGGGGAAUGUGCUCUUUCAUAGUUUCGUGCACAAGACAGAGGAGGAACUACAGGCCAUACUAGCAGCCAAGGAAGAAAAGCUGCGGCUCAAGGCCCAGAGGCAGGCCCAGCAGGCCCAGAAUGUCCAGCGUAAACAGGAACGACGAGAGGCCCACAGGAAGAAGAGCCUGGCAGGCAUGAAGCGGGCUCGGGCAGAGGCUGAUGGGGAUAGUGAUGCUGAGGACCCUGGGGCCCCCCCAGGGGCAGAGGUGGCUGGCCAGCAGGAGGAGGAGGAUGAAGCUGAGUAUUUCCGCCAGGCAGUGGGUGAAGAGCCUGAUGAAGACAUGUUCCCAAAGGCUCAGCGGCGAUGGCCCACCGGGCCUCCAGGCAAGAAGCAGCGAGUAAAGCAGAGGAGGCCAGACCGUGGUGCCCCACCUUGCCCAGACAACAUCACAGCAGCUGCUGACCAAAUCCUCGGUAGCUUCCAGGAAGUCUUUCUGUGGCCUAUUCUGGUGAUUGAGUUCCUGGUGGCCGUGGCUGGCAACAGCGUGGCCCUCUACCGCUUCAGCACACGGGAGCAGCGCCCAUGGUCCCCAGCUGUGGUCUUCUCCACCCAGCUGGCUGUCAGCGACCUGCUCUACGCCCUGACACUACCCCCACUAGCUGCCUACUUCUACCCACCCAAACACUGGCGCUACGGGGAGGCUGCCUGCCGCCUGGAGCGUUUCCUAUUCACCUGCAACCUGCUGGGCAGCGUCACCUUCGUCACGUGCAUCAGCCUCAAUCGUUACCUGGGUGUUGUCCACCCCUUCUUCACCCGCUCUCACCUGCAGCCCAAGCACGCCUGGAUCCUAAGUGCCAUUGGCUGGGUGCUAGUGGCUCUGCUGGCUGCUCCCACACUCAGCUUUUCUCACCUGACGACACCACAGCAGGAAGGUAACUGCACUGUGGCCAGGCCCAAGGCCUGCAUCAAGUGCCUGGGGACUACGGGUGACAGCCAGCUUGAGGCCUACAUAGCCUACAGCCUGGUACUGGGGGUACUGGGCUGUGGCCUGCCAUUGCUGCUCACCCUAGCAGCCUACAGUGCCCUUGGACGAGCCAUACUGGGUAGCCAUGGCAUGACAGCAGCUGAAAAGAAGCAUGUGGCAGUACUUGUGGCCAGUGGUGUGGCACUCUACGCCAGCUCCUAUGUGCCCUACUUCGUCACACGGGUAAUCAAUCUUUGGGCUCGGCAGCGCUGGAGAGCCCGCUGCCCAGCCUUUGUGGACGUGGCUCAGGCUGUGGAGGCAUUAGACCUGGGGUCCUAUGUGGGGCACCAGGUGACACGGGGUCUCGUGCCUCUGGCCAUCUGCAUCCACCCACUGCUCUACAUGGCUGUAGUACCCAGUGUGGCCUGCCACUACCAGCAGUCCUGCCUUGGCUGCGGGGAGGGCCAGGCCCCAAAGAAUGCUGAGAGCUGCAGCCAAGCCCUGCCCCUCACCAUCCCAGGCACUAAAACCUCAGGGCCCCACCACCCUGAGCUGAGCCCAUGACCUGGCCUAUCUUGAGCCUCUUUCCGCCCACAAGGCACUGGGAACCAGCAGCAGAACGAGGGUGACAACACGGCAGGCCCCAAACCACCUCCCCAAAGAGAGGCCUGUCGCAGGAGCGGUGAGCACCCAGGCCAGAGCUACAAGAACUUCAGCCCACAGCACCAACCCUGAGCAGGGCCGGAGAGC